AUGUUGUCUUCUCUCCGGAUGCUCGGCCAGCGAGGCCCCUCCAUUGCCUCUCGUGCUUUCAGCGCCACUUCCCCGGCUUCGGCUGCCGAGGUCAAGUCGCUGGGUGUUAUUGGAGCUGGUCAGAUGGGACUGGGAAUUGCUCUGGUGGCUGCCCAAAAGGCCGGUGUCCCCGUGACAUUGGUUGAUAACUCUCAAGCAUCGUUGGAUAAGGGUCUCAAGUUUGCCGAUAAGCUCCUUGAAAAGGACAUCUCUAAAGAGCGUAUCACCCGGGAUGCAGCAGACAGUGCUCGUGCCCGCAUCUCUCCCAGUCUAAAAAUGGAGGACCUUUCCUCGGUGGAUUUUGUCAUCGAGGCUGUCCCUGAAGUCCCCGACCUCAAGACCUCCAUUUUCUCCCAAUUGGCUCAAAUUGCUUCCAAGGAUGCUAUUCUCGCAACAAACACCUCGUCGAUUUCCAUCACCAAGAUCGCCGCUGCAACCACCAAGGACGCUACGGACUUGCAGGCUCCUUCGCGGGUUAUCUCGACGCACUUCAUGAACCCGGUGCCAAUUCAGAAGGGCGUUGAGAUCAUCUCCGGUUUGCAGACCUCGAAGGAGACUCUCGACACCGCUGUCGAGUUUGUGAAGCGCAUGGGCAAGGUCUCAUCUGUCUCGGCUGAUGCGCCCGGUUUCCUCGCCAAUCGUAUUCUGAUGCCUUAUAUUAACGAGGCUAUCAUCUGCUUGGAGACUGGUAUCGGCGGCCGCGAAGACAUUGACAGCAUUAUGAAGAAUGGAACGAAUGUCCCAAUGGGUCCGUUGACAUUGGCGGACUUUAUUGGUCUUGACACUUGCUUGGCUAUCAUGAACGUCCUGCAUCAGGAGAUUGGUGACAGCAAGUACAGGCCAUCUGGUCUGCUGCGGAGGAUGGUUGAUGCCGGUUGGUUGGGUAAGAAGUCCGGCAAGGGCUUCUACGAGUACUAA